UGUUGGGGGGAGGAGGGGAAGGUUGUUUGCAGUCGGGAAGACUGCUCACGAAAGGUAGACUGAGUUCCCCAGAGACUGUCAUCCAGCGGCCUCCGGUUGGGCCCAGCUUCUCUCCAGCUGCCGCCACAGCCUGGAGGCGCCUGCCUCCACCUUCCCGAAUGGUGCUCCUCCUCGCAGACUUCGGCCCAGGAUCCAGGCCCCCCUUCCCCUCCUACAUCGAAGCUGCAUAUCCGGGUCUGUCCCGGUGGACUCCCUGUGAAAGGGAGGGAAGAACUUUUGUACAGACAAGGCUAUAGUUCUAGGAACCCCACUGAAGCUUCGAAUCUUAGCCUCUAGCAGAGUGUGAGGUCUGCCUGUGCCCGUUUGUCCCACCCUUUAAGAGAAACUCUUCUUGUCAUCCAGAGCGUGGGAAACCCCAGGCUGGGGCCCUGGUCCCAGCAUGUCAGCCCUCUCUUGUGCAUAGGGCUGUCCCCUCUCUCUAUCAACAUGGCUGAGCUCAGACAGGUUCCAGGGGGGCGGGAGACCCCACAGGGAGAAAUCCGGCCAGAAGUUGUUGAGGAUGAAGUCCCUCAGAGUCCAGUUGCAGAGGAGCCCAGAGGAGGUGGAAACAACAGCAGUGAGGCUAAAUUGUCUCCAAGAGAGGAGGAAGAACUGGAUCCUAGAAUACAGGAGGAACUGGAGCAUCUCAACCAAGCCAGUGAAGAGAUCAACCAGGUGGAGUUGCAGCUGGAUGAGGCCAGAACCACUUAUCGGAGGAUCCUGCAGGAGUCGGCAAGGAAGCUUAACGCACAGGGCUCCCAACUGGGGAGCUGCAUUGAGAAGGCCCGGCCCUACUAUGAGGCUCGACGAUUGGCUAAGGAGGCCCAGCAGGAGACUCAGAAGGCAGCAUUGCGGUAUGAGCGGGCUGUGAGCAUGCACAAUGCUGCCCGGGAGAUGGUGUUUGUGGCUGAGCAGGGCGUUAUGGCAGACAAGAACCGGCUGGACCCCACUUGGCAGGAGAUGCUCAACCAUGCCACCUGCAAGGUGAAUGAAGCGGAGGAGGAGCGUCUUCGUGGUGAGCGGGAGCACCAGCGGGUGACACGGCUGUGCCAACAGGCUGAAGCUCGAGUCCAAGCCCUGCAGAAGACCCUUCGGAGGGCCAUUGGCAAAAGCCGGCCCUACUUUGAGCUCAAGGCUCAAUUCAGCCAAAUCCUCGAGGAGCACAAGGCCAAGGUGACAGAGUUGGAGCAGCAAGUGGCCCAGGCCAAGACUCGCUAUUCCGUCGCGCUUCGCAACCUGGAACAGAUCAGCGAACAGAUUCAUGCCCGUCGUAGGGGACUUCCCUCACACCCUCUGGGCCAGCGGCGCUCUUCCCCAGUAGGGGCUGAGGCUGGGCCUGAUGGAGGCGAGGAUGGGGAUAGUGGCAUCAUUGAGGGAGCUGAGGGCGGGGUGCUGGAGGAAGGGAGCAGUCUGGGCCCGGGUCGAGCCCCCGACACGGACACACUGAGCCUGCUGAGCCUACGCACUGUGGCCUCGGACUUGCAGAAGUGCGAUUCAGUGGAGCAUCUGCGGGGCCUCUCUGAUCACGCCAGUCUGGAUGGCCAGGAGCUUGGUUCCCGGAUCGGGGGCCGCCAGGGUAGUGACAGUGGGAGCCGUGGGGGCCGCCACCAGCGCAGUGUUAGCCUGUAGCCCUGUGCUUUGGGUGCUGGUUUGUCUUAACUCCACUGACUUAUACAGGGCAGUGCAGACACUAGGCUACCACUCCUCAGGUCUUUGUUUCUCUCAGAGAGGUCACGUGGAGCCCUUUCAGAGGUCUUCUCUCUGACUCACAUCUCUGCUCCCCCUGCUGGCUCUGCAGGCUGUCCCCCUUUGUCCUUUCUCUGGUUUUUAAUCUUUCAUCUAUCUGACUUUUCCCCUCAGGGAACUUGAUUCAGAAGCCACAGAGAGAUGUUUGGAGAAGGGGUUGCCCAGCCUGAGUGCAGGGCAUCUCAGCCUCAUCCUGAGCAUCUGUCCUGAGUCCCUUUCUAUCUCACCUCUUGGUUCCUGAGGGGCCUCUCUGGAUGCUGCUAAGCCCUCCUGGCACCUUGUUCCCCUGUCUGGUGUCCCAGCUAGCCUGUGUAACCUGUGAGACUUGGGGUUGGGUACCUCUGGAAGACACCACCCCACCUGUACCCUUCAGUGCUUACCCCUUGUGACUUAAGCCACUCUGCUGGGUCCCAGAGCAGGACUUGAGGGGUGCUGGGGUCAGGGUAGUUGAAACCCAACCCUAGCGUCAACAUAGGGGGAGGCUACUGCUCCAAGCAGGCUCCCAUGUGAGUGGUAUUUCCCUGGGCGUAUAACAUUGCCAAGGUGCUAGUGGGUUUCUGACAGGAUUCAUGUUGGGUGGAAAUGUAGUGAGUCCUCCUGGUUCAAGUCCCCUCUCUUCCUGUAUGGAGUUAGGUUUACUUUUUUUCUGGGUAGAGGAUGCUGAGUUGAAUGUCAGCUCCUUCUCUUAGCGUGGAAUUAGGGGAUUUGGUGCUCAACUGCUCUCCCUCACUCUACCCCAAACCAAACAAUACCUACUCCAGGAUCCCUUGGGACAUGCUCAGCUUUGGUGGCUGAGCCUCCCCUGAUGCAGAGAAGAAUUGGUUAGGCUGAAGGGAAUUGCCCUCCACAGAGAACUGCUCCACGUGUCUGGUAGUGCGGCCCCCCAGAUAAGUCACAGUGGACCUGGGUGCCUCUGGAGGGUCUAUCCUUGUGUUCCACACCAGUCAGGAUGAGAGCCAGACUCUGGCAGAAAAGCUCCUGCCUAGCCCGAGUGUUAACUGCCACCUGAGUAGGAGCGGUGUGGGCCUUCUCAUAAAGGUGUUUCCCUGCCCUGGGGUGUGGGCAGGGUGAUGGUCACAAUGAGAACCGCUGGGUUUGAGGUGGCCAGAGGUAGAGGGAAGAAAGUGUGCAUGCAUCUGCCAGUGUGUGUGUGUGGGAAA